GGCUGAUUAAGCGUUUCAGUAUUUUCAACGAUUCUAGCGAAAGCUGCAGUGUCUUUGAUAUACCUGUCUUGACCGCACACAGGCAUCGUUUUGACGUAUAACUGUCUAACGUCAUCAAGUGUUCUUCAUAAUCACAAAAAGGUGUUGCAGGAUGGAGGAUUCAGAGAACCCAGUACCAGUAAAUAUACACGAAGCUGCAUUUUAUGGCGACCUUAACAUGGCCACUCUAUUUGUAGAGGAAGGAAGCAAUAUCAACGGUUAUGAUGAAGUUGGAUUCACUGCCCUACACUACGCAGUAGUGAAAGAGAACCUGGACAUGAUUGUACACUUAGUAACACUGGGAGCUGAAGUUAAUGCUAUAACCAGCUUCAAGAAUCAAACUCCUGCUCAUUGGGCAGCGCGACUCGGAAAACCGUUAAUUCUGCAUAUGUUGUUCAGACUUGGAGCCUCUUUCAGUGUGCAAGAUAACACACCGCUGGGAAAAACGCCACUCCAUACUGCUGUCAAAUAUGAUCAUGAGGAAGUAAUUAUUUGGAUGUUUCAAAUGGGCUUGUCGAUGAAUAUCACGGAUCGUGAAGGAGGGACACCACUGUUCUAUGCUAUAUACUAUGAGUAUACACAUUUGGUGCAGUUGCUUAUAGAUCAAGGAACAGAUGUCAAUACAAGAUACACUGGUCUUAAUAAUCUCACACCACUUCACAUGGCAAUUACAGGAGAAAACAUGGAUAUUAUCAGAAUUUUGCUGAGAAACGGGGCAAAUAUGUAUAUUCCUUGCACCGGCCUUCACGAAACACCAGUUCACUGCGCAGCGAAAAAAGGCGAACUCGACAUUUUGGAACUCCUGCAUGAAUUUGGCUGCAUUUUUUCAGUGCAAAAAGAUGACAGACACGGUAACCGCCCUAUUCAUGUGGCUGCUAAGAAAGGCCACCUAGCAGUAGUCGCGUGGCUGGUCAGUAAGGGUGAAUCCGUGAACUGUACAAACAACAGAGGAUACACUCCACUGCACAAGGCCGUGUCUUCCGGUCAGCUUGGUAUAGCAUCGUACCUGCUUCAGGAAGGAUCUCAGGUUUAUGCUCGAACCAACUACCCAGAACUCUAUUCACCUCUGAAUAUAGCAACGCGGUGUGGCAAUUUAGAUAUGAUAGACUUAUUAAUACAUUAUGGCGCUAAUGUUAAUGCCGAGAAACAGACUAAUGGUUACACAGCUUUGCAUCAUGCAGUCAAAGCAGACAAUUUGGAAUGUUUGAAGUGCCUGAAGAAAAAUGGGGGUAAUAUAAUGGUCCAUAUGGGAAGUGAACAAGAACCACUGAUUACAACUGCUAUUAGAAAUGACUCAGAAUGCGUGAUUCGAUGGUUACUUGAAACUGAAAUAUCUGUGAACGUCAAGCUGAGGGAUGGUAUGACCCCUCUUCAUCAAGCUGCGGACUAUGGAAAAGAAAAGAUGGCACUGAUUUUGAUUAAAAGAGGAGCAAAUAUCAACUGCAGGGAUGACCGCAUUUCGACUCCUCUACAUUAUGCUGUAGUUCAUGGAAACGUGUCUGUGACUCAACUUUUGAUAUCCCGGGGAGCAGACAUAGAGGCCGAGAAUGAUUUUGGGCAGAAUUCACUUCAUUUAGCAGCAGGUAAUAGGGAACCGCACUGUUUGCAGAUUUUGGUUCUUGGUGGAGGUGAUAUAAUGUCACGUAGUAAUCACGGUAAUCGUGACUUCCUUAUUCACACUGCAGUAAUGAACGGACGUGUGAACAUUGUUCGUUGGUUGAUUGACCGUGGAAUGCCGGUAGAUGUACGUAAUAGUAUGGGAGUCACACCCUUGUUAGCUGCAUCAAAAGCAGAUAAUUAUAAUAUCGCCAGAUUGCUGGUUAAUAAAGGCGCGGAUGUGAAUGUUCGUUAUGACCCCUGGGGGAAGUGUACCCCUCUACAUUUAGCGUGUGCUAGUGGAAACCGAGCACUGGUACAACUUCUUAUAGAAAAUGGUGCGGAUGUUAACGCACGUGCUAUUGUAGAUAGUCGAACGCCAUUGCACUGGGCAGUUUAUUAUCAACAUAAUGUUAUAGUUCACCUACUCAUUCGUUCCGGUGCAGACCCCUAUAUUGAGGAUUCGCAAGGAUAUACAGCUGCGGGUUUAGCAGCUUAUGAAGGCCAUAAUAGUAUUUAUGAAUUCCUCAAGAACACGUUAGGUGAAAUUAUCUCACUGUUUUAAUGUGUAAUAGUUAUUAUUUUUGAAUGUAGGUGUUCAUUUUAUAUGCGAAAUUACUGAUGGUUCAAUGAGUUGAAUAUUUGUCCAGAUGCAGUUUUUAUAAUAUUUAACAAUUCUUUUUACCUACAAUUAAAAACAUGUUUGUUUUCGAGUUUUACUGGGAUUUCUAUAAAAUAAGUCACAUUUUGGGAAUUGAAAAUUGUACAUGAACACAUUUUAAAUUAUUUAUUGUGAUCACAGACAUUCUUGCUUUGAUUAUUUAUUGGAAAUGAUGCACAAAUUCUGUAAAGCAAGCCUGAAGUUAUGAAUGGCAUAUUAUGUGUUGCAUACUUCCUACAAAUAUUACUUGUUUAAAAUAUUAGCAGGCUUGAAGGCUUUUUGAAACAGGUUGAUAUUUUAUUAAAACUCAAAAUUGUGCAUAGUAUAUAAAUGUUAUUUUAAAAGUGAAGAAGUAAUAAUGAAAAGUUGUAUAUCUUGGAACUGAUAAAAAUUCCCAUCAAAAUAUGAUUUUGAAGAUACCAUGUUAUUUAUUCUGUAUUGCGUAUAUUCACCACGUUUUAGCUAUAGACCAGCUUUGAAGCAUAGAGUGGUUGUGUCUGCUGGAAACAAUUUGUACAAAAUGAAAUUCCGAGGACACCGUAUUCUUGCAUACUAUGUAGUAUAUAAUUGUAAGUGUUCAUAUCAUGUAAUAGUUAAUUUCCUUUUAUAUUUCAAUAUGAUACAUAUUGCAUGUUUCAUGAAUAUUAUUAAUAAAUGUACUGCAUAUCCUCAAA